AUGGUCGUCAACACACUUCUUAUCCGCAGGGCUGCCCUGCAGGCAUCCGCUGCCCCAUCGCGUCUGGCCGCCUUCUCCACGGCCUCGCGCCUACACAACCAGACUCCCCAGUUCAAGCGCGAGGGUCCGGUUGCGCCCAAAGACGACAAGAGCAAGUUUGAUGAUGGUCGCGAUGACCCUCACUAUCCCGGAGUGCAACAAAAGCUCAAGUCAUUCUCCGAUCCCUACCCGAACCGACCGAAUGCUGACCGCUCACACCCUGAACCCGAAUCUCCCAGAGGUCACGAAGGGGCCUUCGCCGACCACCGUGGCCGAGGCAGCCGCGCAGAGGGCGAGCAGCUCAAUGGCUCCGAAGAAGCCGCCGAAACCCGUACUCACCAGCGUGUAGGCCAGAUGGCCAAAAACGCAGCUCAAUCCCUCUUCGGGAGCGGUGACAAGAAAUCUUUCUCCACCUCGGCUCGCUCUUCCGUCCAAGAGGCCACCCAAACCAACCGCUCCACGCCAGCCAGGACCUCUAAGGGCAGUUUAAACGAUCACCCUGGCUACACCACCGAGGAGGCACCCAUUGAUUCACGCCCUCCCUCUGAAAUGCCUUCCCCAGCAGAAGGUGCAACUCCAAGCUCAACUGUAGUCAAUGCUAGCACAAAAGCAGCUGCAUCUCACCCUGACGUAAAAGCUAUGGCAGAUGGCGCCAAUCAACCUGGUGGUGGUGCUGACGCUCUUCACCCCGAAGACAGAAGUCAAAAGUCUUGGGGCAUGAACGCUCGAUCCGCUCAGUUCAACCCAGAGGAGGGUAAGAGGAAGCCGCUCUAUGAUGGCGGUAGCAACGAAGGAGGGUUCAAAGGUAAGCCUGAUGGCAAGUCUCGUACCUGA